UUCAGUAAAUCCUAAAUGUUAUGUUUUGAUGUUUGUUCCCCUCAGCCUGAUUUCCCAGAGGACCUUGAGAAUCUUAUUACGUUGGAUGAGCUGGAGGAGGAUUCCUCGGUUGAUAACCAAGAUAACCAGUCAACAGAUGAGAUCAAGAGCAGAUCCAAGAGCAAACCCUCAGGACGUGAUCAGACACCUGGUAGAGUGAUCUACGUCAAAAACCUUCCCAGAGGCUUCUAUACAGAUAGUGACUUCCUGAAGAUUGUUAAAGGCUUCGGGAGAGUGCAUCGCUAUUUCCUCCUUCGCAAUGGUGAAGAGGGCUUCAUUGAGAUGGAGAGAUCUUCUGAUGUGACAAAGGCUUUAAGAUCGCUGCGUUAUGAUGGCUGUAAAUUAUACGGCCAGAGGUUGAUCGUCCUGCGGUCUCAGAAAUACAAGAGACUAACAACAGGGUGGAAACCUGAAUCUGAUUCUAAAAGUGAUCGGAAGAAGGAUCACAUGAGUACUAGAAGCAGUAGCAGGAUAAGGAGUGGACGGACCAGCAGUCACUCAAAGUCAGCGGCUAAGGACGAGGAGACAAAAGAGAAGGACGAGGAGACAAAAGAGAAGACGGCACGACAAGUAUGCUCCGAGCCAGCCCAACACUGUGACAAGGAGGACAGAGAAGCGUCUGAAGGGGAUAUUGACCAAUCCUCCAACGGUGAAGACCAAAAGGAUGCCCCUGUCCCUGCUGCUGAGGAAGAGAAGAAGGCCUGUAGCAACGAGGAUAAUGCAGAAACCAAGAUGGGGGAUAAUGUGGAAACGAGACCAGAUUCCAUAAAGACUGGUAUGGAGUCAUCGUUCCAGGCCAACAACCCAGUGGGAAGAGAAUUCAUUAAACCUGUCAUUGGCUACUUCUGCGACCUGUGUCAAGUCAUCUAUGUCAAUGAGGACGAAGCUAGGAACCAACACUGCAGCAGCCUCUGUCACUAUCUGAAGUUUAUGGAACAUUCAGGUGAUGACACAGCCUCUAGCUAAAAGAUGUCCAUCUCUGGAGGAAGUUGACAAGAUGACAGUUUCAGGCCCAAUUUAACAGGAAGUGUUCCGGAGGAGGGGGGAGAAUCUGGAUUUUUCUUUAUAUUGCACUCAAGAAGAACGGCACAGGUUUACCUCAUCCAUGAGAGGCUCUUUGUGAAACUCAUCCUAGAACAAUAAAUGAGAUUGCAGAUUACGUUAAUCUGAACAAAUGUUCAGCACCUACCUAUAUAUAUAUAUAUAUAUAUAUAUAUAUUGUUAUGUUUGUGUUAAAAUAGCUCAGAUCUACUUUCUGUAAUGUGAAUUGUUUGUUCGGUUUUCCUAUGUAAUUUGUUUUCAAGAUUUGUGUUAAAUUGAACUUCAUUCUCUAAAAGAUUGUUAAUAAACAUGCUUAAUUAUUG